AAAUAACGGCGAGAAGGCGGAACUACCCCCCAAAAAAUAGCGUAAGGUGGGUUUUCGGUGUUGCUGCAUGAUGCUGGCUAGUAGAUCGAAUGAAGGAUGCAUUAAUCAGCUGAAGGUAAAUGCUGCCACAAUGAACUCUUCUACAAGAAGUGAAAGUGACUGGCAAGGACUAGUGAGCGAGUUUUUGAUAUGCAAGCGUAAGCUGGAGAGUAAAAAGGAGGCUCUGCUGAUUCUGUCUAAAGAGUUGGACACAUGCCAGCAGGAGAGAGACCAGUACAAGCUGAUGGCCAAUCAGCUGCGUGAGAGACAUCAGGGCCUGAAGAAAAAAUACAGAGAACUUAUUGAUGGAGAUCCUACAUUGCCACCAGAGAAGCGCAACCAGGUAAAUUUGGCACAGCUGUUGAGGGAUUCACGGGACAGGAAUAAGCAGUUAGCAGAGGAAGUGAAGGAGCUGACUCAGAGACUAACUGAGGCUCAGGGUGACAACAAGCUUUUAAGAAUGACAAUCACAAAACAGAGGCUUGGGGAUGAUGAAGUUGGCGUUAGGCACUUCCCAGCCCACGAGCGUGAGGAUCUGGUCAGGCAGCUGGAGGAAGCUGGAUUGCAGAGAGAAGAACUGGAGAACUGCCUGAAGGCAGUGAGUGAUGAAUUGGAGGAUGUGAAGGCAGAAAGGACUGUAUACAAGGAGAAAGCUGAUCGCCUCAACCUUGAGCUCAACCAUGUAUUGGGUGGUGGAGGCAAACGCAUUGUGGAUGUGGAUGCUCUUUGCAUGGAGAACAGGUAUUUGCAUGAGAGGCUGAAACAAGUUCAAGAAGAAGUCAGUCUGCUGAAAACAAACAUAAUGAAAUACAAGAAUGCCCUGGACCGAAGAAAGAACUCUAAAACAACUGGAAAAUCUAAUACUAGUGCACUUACUGGUGUGCUCUCUGCCAAACAGGUGCAAGAUUUAUUGUCGGAGGAUAAUGGAUGUGGUCUUCCAGUCACGCCUCAGUCUCUCUCUGACCUGAAGUCUCUGGCCAUGGCUCUGCUGGAAACUAUUCAUGAAAAGAACAUGGUUAUUCAGCACCAACGCCAGACUAACAGGAUUUUAGGGAACCGUGUUGCUGAGCUUGAGAAGAAAUUGAAGACUCUGGAGGUAUCUGGGCUUUGGAGUUUACCAGGUCUGACCUACAGCAUAUCAGUGGGAUUAGGGACAGGAGGUAAAGAUGACAUUAUUUUGACUGAGAGUCAGCGUGCCACGCCUCCCUCCUCUCUUGCCCUUCCCUUACAGCCUGUGCCCAGUGAACGGCUGACUGAUUCACAGCCCCCUGCAGAUGACAGGACAGGAAGUGGAGGGUUUUUGCCAUGGGAACUGGACACAGCUGGCGAUGACAGCUUCCUGAACGUGUGGCCUCACUCCCGCCCCAAUCCAGACGGAGGUGGAGACGAGGUGGAGACACCUGUCACCUCUGAGCAAAGGGAGGAGACUUGCGGGCUGGAAAUCAUGCAGCAGGCAGAGCAGCGGCUGUGUGAUGAAGAAGUGGAGCCAGUCGCAGAGAUGCAGCCAAUCACAAAGCAGCAUCCUGUUGUCGAGGAGGGGGAAGUUGUAGAGGUGGACAGCAGCUUGAAUGUGGAGGAAGGUGAAGAUGCUGCAAUGGCACUGGCUUCUCCAGCAUCCGACAGCUCUGAUUAUUCUCCACAUCUCAGUUCAAGGCGCAUCUGUGACCAAAGCCAGCAUGAAGACUUUAUGUGUCAUGAUUUUAGACAGAUUUUAAGUGUAGCUACCGACCCUGAAGAUGUGUUGGAAGGGAACUUCUCAAGUCUUGCCUAUGUUUCCAAAGAGCCUACCACGGCUUCAUCUCGCACACCAAAGUGGGAACUGGACUACCAAUCAGGAGAGACGGAUAGCUGUCACAGUGAAAGUGUGGCUUAAAUAUUGACCAAAUUUCAUUUUAUGAGAUUUCAUUUUAUAACAGAAUGAAAUCUCUAAAGCAAAAGUUUUUCAGUUCUUCUUUGCUGCCCUGAAUGUUUCAUGGUUUCCAUAAAAAGGCCUUAAUAUUUAGUCAAUGACCUCGAUCAGACAUUGUAGAUAAGAACAAAUAUAAAAUAUGAAACAUGCAGGGCCCAGCUAAAUAUGAAGUAAAGUGUGUAUACUUCACACCCAUAUCUCAAAAUAUUCCAGGAAUAUUCCUGCAGCCUAAAAACCAGUGCAUGCUGUAGUGAUUUUUGAGUUUUGCUUUAGUUCUACUCGUCUUUUUCUGUUGAAUUACAGUGGGUACAUUUACGAAUCCUGAGUAUAAAUUAAGUAUAAUUUAAGUUUAUCAUUAGCAACAAUGGGAUAAGUUGUGUGCUCACUCUGAACUUUAUUUAAAUGUACAUGUGUCACAGACUGCAUCCUGUACUGUACAUAUAUCACACCAGUCUAGAGUCUAGACUAAGAUGUCAAUGAACAACUCAAUAUCUUACAUGUGUUUACACUUUAUGUCAGUUUAGUAUUGUGGUUAAAGGGUCUUGAAACAAGUCUAAGAAACUCUUUCAGCACUGAUUGUCAUUAUUUUUCUUGCUUUUGUUACAGUAUCCUACAUCCUGUUACAGUAUACAGUUGUCCUGAUUGCUGAUACCAUAUAGUUUCUACAUUCUUUACUUUCUUUACUACCAUUCGUUUUGGAGAAAAGGUCAGGCAAGUCUUUGUGUGUAUCAUACAAAUGAUGUAGCUGUCAAAGAACCACACACACACAGAUCUUGCACAAAUUACAUUUGAAUCACAAAUGAUUCAUAAAACUUGUCAAAUUGUUUCCAAUCAUAAUGGUAUUGCUGUUUACAGAACUAAUUAUACACUAAUUUAUACGUUUACAAAUGUAGAUUGUGGCUGCACUCUGCUUUUUUGCUGCAUGUGCCUUAUGCAAAAUGAACUGUGCUUUUCUGGCAGGAGAGACGAGUCAUGGUAAUGGGAUGAUAUGUAGGGUUUCUUUUCUUUUUUUAGUCUCUUGGCAUUACGUUCAUGUCAAAAUAUCUUGUAUACUCUGAUGUGGUAUACCUGUUUAAUUAAAUAUCAAUAUAUAUUUUCUCAAAAUGUCAAA